CUGUGUCACGUGACACGGGCCAACAUGGCGGCGCCCAUGGGACCGGAAGCGGAAGUGGCUCCACAGAGGCACCGCGGGGCAGCUGCGACGGCGCCGGGGCCGGGGGGCUCUCCUGAGCCCCCUCCCCACCAUGUUCCUGCUGCCCUGCUCUGCCCUCGCCCUCCUCCUCCUCACCUGCCUGGCUCUGGAGCCGCCCCCGCGCCGCCCUCCGCCCUCCAAUCCCGCGUUCCGCGGCUUCCAGCGGCAGUUCCUGCUGGGAUACCUGCCGGCGCUGGCUGCCGACUGGCUGCAGGGCCCGCUGCUCUUCCAGCUGCUGCACGGCCGGGGCUUCCUGCGCAGCCAGAUCGCCGCCCUCUACUCCUGCGGCUUCGCCUCCAACGUCGCCUUCGGCCUCGUCUCCGGGAUUUUUGUGGAUCGGCUGGGCCGCAAGAAGUCCUGCGUGCUGUCCUCGGGGCUGUGCUCUGUGUCCUGCCUGCUGCAGCUCUCCCAGGAUUUCCUGGCGCUGGCAGCUGCCCGGGUGCUGGCGGGGCUCGGCACCUCCCUGCUCUUCUCCGCCUUCGAGUCCUGGUACGUGCACGAGCACCUGGAGCGCCACGACUUCCCGGCCGAGUGGAUUCCCGACACCUUCUCCCGCGUGGCGCUCUGGAACGGCGGCCUGGCCGUGGCGGCGGGGCUGCUGGCCGAGCUGCUGGCCGAGGGGCUGGCGCUGGGCCCCGUGGCCCCGUUCCUGGCGGCGCUGCCCUUCCUGGCUCUCUCGGGGAUCUUCGCUGGGAAAAACUGGGAUGAGAACUAUGGGAAGAGCCGGCCCUGCGGGAAGGCCUGCGGGGAAGGCCUGCGGGGCCUCGUAUCCGAGCCGCGGGCGCUGCUCCUGGGGCUGGUGCAGGCCCUGGUGGAGAGCAUCCUGCUCAUCUUUGCCUUCCUUUGGACGCCCGUCCUGGAGCCGCACGGGAUCCCUCUGGGAAUCGCCUUCUCGGGCUUCACGGCCGCCGGCGCCGCGGGCUCGGCGCUGUUCCGGCGCGGCGUCACCGGGAGGCUCCGGCUGCAGCCGCUGCGGCUCCUGCCCGGCUCCGUCCUGCUGCUGGCGCUGGCCCUUCUGCUCCUGGCCUUGCCGCUGGACGCCCCCGGCGACUUCCUCGCCGUGCUGCUGCUGCAGUUCUCCUGCGGGAUCUACUUCCCGGCCAUGGCGUUCCUGCGGCGCCGGCUGGAGCGCGGCGGGGACCCGGCGGGGGCAGCGCGGUGGCUGCGGCUGCCCCUGGGCCUGGGGGUGGCGCUGGCGCUGCCCGCCCUGCCCGGGGACCCCGCGGGGACACGGGGCGUCUUCGGGGCCGCGGCCCUGGCGGCGCUGGUGGCGCUGGGGGCAGCCGGGGGGGUCCUGGGCACCAGGCGUGGGGACGAGGGGCUGAGGGUGGGGGACGAGGGGCUGCUCGAGGGGGACACUGGGGAGUGACGAGGACGCUGGGACAGGGACACUGGGACAGCUCAGCAGCGACGCCUGGCUGUGGUGGGGACCCUGGGACAGUGUGAGGGGGUCACCAAGGUGUGACAGGAACACCGGGCUGGGACAGGGACACUAGGACAGCUCGAUGGGGACACCGGGGUGGACAGGGACACUGGGACAGCUUGGUGGGGACACUGGGGUGGGACAGGGACACUGGGACAGCUCCAUGGGGACACCGGGGUGGACAGGGACACUAGGACAGCUUGGUGGGGACACCAGGGUGGACAGGGACAUUGGGACAGCUUGACAGGGACACAGGGGUGUAAUGGGGACAGCAGGGUGUGACAGGGACAGCUUGGUGGGGACACUGGGGUGUGAUAGGAAUGGGGACACUGGGGUGGGACAGGGACAGCAGGACAGGUGUGACAGGGACACAGAGAUGUGACAAGGAAAGGGAGACACUGGGAUGUCACAGUGACAGGAGCACCAGCUCUAUGGGGACACCAGGGACACAGGGACAGCUUGAUGGAGCACUGGGAUUUGACAGGGACAAGGACAGUAACACCUGGCUGGGACAGGAACACUGGGACAGCUCAACAGGGACACCAGAGUGUGACAGGGUCAGGGACACAGGAAGAGCCCAUGGGGUCACCAGGCAGUGAUGGGGUCACAGUGUGACCCCUGUGCUGAGCUGUGAGUGACAGAAACACUGAGACACCCAUGGGGACACUGAGCACUGAGGGGCCACAGUGCCACCCCACGAUGGACUGUGGGUGACAGUGGCACUGGGACACCCGAUCGAUCAUGACAAGGAACUGUGACAGUCACAGUGUCACCUCAUGGCUGAGCUGUGGGUGACAGUGACACUGGGACACCCCACUGGUGAUAUUAAGCUGCGACAGGUCACAGUGUCACCUCCAUGAUGAAAUAUAGGUGACAGUGACACUGGGACACCCCGAUGGUGACACAGAGCUCUGCUGGUGACCCGUGACCAGUGCCACCCCCACAACGAGCUCUGGGUGGCAACACGGGGACAGCCUGAGGUGACACUGAGCUGGACAGAUCACGGUGUCACCCCCAUAACGAGGUGAUGGGGACACCGGUACACCUCGGGGGCUGUGACAGGUCACAGUGCCACCUCCCCCACGGCACAGCAGAGGGGACAUGGGGACACCAGGCCAGGUGUGGCCUGUGACCGACCCCGUGUGGUGUCAUGGGGGUGGGGGGGUGUAUUAAUUACUUAAUGAAUUUCUAAUAAACCCACCCAGCAGAGGUGUUUGUGAAGUCCUCCUCCUCUUCCUGCCCCCCAAACCUGGGUCUGGGGGACCCUGAAACCCCUCCAGAGCGGCCCCAGUGCAAACCAGUGACUCCCAGUCCAGCCACGUCUCCAGUGCAAGCUUUGCGCUGGUUUGACCCCAAG